AAUCUCCUUUCUCGCCAAUUGAACAAAAAAAAAUUGCAUUCGAUAUAUUUGCAUAGUUUUCUGCGUUGUAUUUGGUUUUCUUUUGGCUUUGUUUUCUGGAGCAGAAAUUAGAACAAGAGAAUGGUCAAAUCUGUAUUAAGGAAGCCGCUGCCCUUGGCUUCUCUAAAUCAUAUAUCUCUUGUCUGCAAUUCUGUAGAAGAAUCCAUUAAUUUCUAUGAAAAUGUUUUGGGUUUUGUUCCAAUCAAGAGGCCUGGAUCCUUCGGCUUUGAUGGAGCCUGGUUGUUUAAUUAUGGAGUGGGCAUACAUCUUCUGCAAUGUUGCAACACAGACAGUUUGCCCAAGAAAUCAGAAAUCGAUCCAAUGGACAAUCACAUAUCAUUUCAGUAUGAAAGUAUGGAAGCAGUGGAGAGGAUAUUAGAGGACAUGAAGAUAAAGUACGUGAAGAGAAGAGUGGAGGAAGGGGGAUUAUAUAUUGACCAAAUAUUUAUGCACGAUCCAGAUGGUUUCAUGAUUGAGAUGUGCAAUUGUGAGAAUCUGCCGGUAGUGCCAUUGGGAUCUUCUGCUUGUCUGAGAGUACCAUCCGCCAUUAAGAAGAGCAAUAGUAAACAGUCUCUGCUAAAACUUUAAAGCAAUACAGAACACAACGAAGGCUUUGCCAUGAUGUACUGCUGAGCUUGUCUCUCUUGUUUGUCUGCUUAUUUGUUUAUUAACUUCUGCUUUCAAUCGUAGCCACCAUUGUAUUUGUUUUUGAAAGUAUCAAAAACUUUCAUUGAUUUUAUUUUGCAACAACAAGAUCUUGCAUUUCUUUUGAAUUGGUUA